UCCGACGUUGGAUCGUCACCGGGAGCUCCACGUGUGGUUGUUUCGUUCGCUUUUUACGUUUUCAACUAAACGCAGCAAGUAUCAACAUGCCGACGUCUUCUCAAGAGGACUCGCCUCUAAACGAGACGGAUCCUGAAACCUCGAUACCGUCUCCAAACGUGAUUCGGACGCGUAGUGGUCGCAGUUUACGGACUCCAGCUGCUAUUCAGAAGUCGGAGGUGCCAUGUCUUAAAACAACUAGCUGCCGUCCGAGAAAAUCUGGACUCCGAAAACCUACUGAAGAGGUUCCCGCAGAGAACACCGACACCGACACCGCUCCCAGUCUAGAAUCGGUCCACACAGACUCUGCUACAUCUCCGUCUGAACCAGAAGGGCACCAGGUUUCGGUGUUAUGUGGCGAAAUUGCGUUGAACUCUGAUCAGUCUGGUGAGGGCACCGCGGACACGCGUGUAUCCAUCGACACACUUAAAAGCAACAGAAAGACGACAAAGCAUUCGCAGACGUGUGAAAAAGGGGGUCGGAUGGUACCGCUCGGGAAACCCAAAUCGGGACGAGUAUGGAAAGACCGUAAUAAGCAAAGGUUCUCGGCUCUUUUGAGAGACAAGCCCCUGCGCAGCUCCUGGCAAAAGAAGAUGGAGGCCAAGAGGGAGAAGGAGAUUGUAAAAAAAUACAGUCAGCAGCUUGCAGAUGAGAAGGCCAGGAAAAAAGAGGAAAAGAGGACGAGAAGGGAGGAGAACCUUAGGAGACGCGCAGAAAACGAGAGGAAAGCGGAGAUUGUGCAAGUGAUUCGCAACACAGCGAAACUUAAGAGGAUGAAAAAGAAACAGCUGAGGAAGAUCGAGAAGAGGGACACCCUUCAGGCCCUGCAGAAAACGCCCUCAGCUGUCAAGAAAGCAAGCAAAAGAGAGUAAAAAUCUAGUGCUGAGAGGCCCAACAAGUUGUCAGUCUCAGGUAUUUAAGAUGGUGCAUAGUUAAGACGUCUUCCACUGAUCAUUGAAGCCACACAGCACCCCUGCCUCCUCGUGCGGUCACGUGCAUAUCACACGUGCUCUUCAGUCGCCUAGCAACAUCUGAAAUUAUAUUUGUGCGACGUUUGCUCGGCAGUGCAGAUGUUGUUGCUAUGGUGCUUCACUUGGAAGCCCUUAUAAAUCUAGUGUUGGUAGAGUACUGCAGGGUGGGCUUCUGGGUUAGGUCUGUCAGCACCAGGGAACUACUUAAACUUCUUUUGCAACUGAAAGUGAAACAAAUAAUUUAACAGUUUGCGCAAGCAAGACACCAUGAAUGUUUAUUGAUUAUUUCAGUAAAAUACACCCUUAUUUAAUGCAGUAGUUGUAAGUUAUGCAAGUGCCCUUAAAUUUAACAAUAAAUUUAGGAAUAAAAGCAUAAACGCAAAUUAAGGUAUUUGGUAGUCCUGAUGUAAUCGGCAAUAGUGUUUUCAUAAUAUCUGUUCAUGUAUGACAUUUUCCAAAAUAAAUUUCUUUA